CUCUGGGACCAGUCAGCCAGCGUCACGGUGUGAAGGGUUAAAGAUCACAGCUCCUCCGCCGGAUCCUCUCGUCGCUCCGCGGGCAGCGCUGCUGUGGAUUGUGGGAGUCGAGGACACUACCCUGUUCCCGGACGAGCGGAGACACAUCCACCGCCGAGCCCUGUUUCUAGCCUGACACUGGUCCCCGUCUCAGCAUCAUGUCCAGCCGAGGAGCAAAGAAGAAGUCGACCAAGACGUCGCGGUCCACUAAGGCAGGGGUCAUAUUCCCUGUGGGCCGCAUGCUGCGUUACAUAAAGAGGGGCCUGCCGAAAUAUCGCAUAGGGGUGGGAGCGCCAGUCUACCUGGCUGCUGUACUGGAGUAUCUUACUGCUGAGAUCCUGGAGUUGGCAGGAAAUGCAGCCAGAGACAACAAGAAGGGUCGCGUCACGCCACGCCACAUCCUGCUGGCCAUCGCCAAUGAUGAGGAGCUCAACCAGUUGCUGAAAGGUGUGACCAUUGCAGCAGGAGGAGUCCUGCCCAACAUCCAUCCAGAGCUGCUGGCCAAGAAGAGAGGAGCAAAGGGCAAACUUGAGACUCCGGUUGCACCCGCUCCUGAGAAGAAACCCAAGACUGUCAAGAAAUCAGCUGCUAAGAAACCGAGCGGGAAAAAGGGAGGAAGAAAAGCUAGGAAGCCGGGCGAGGUGAGCAAGGCAGCGUCUGCAGACAGCACCACGGAGGGCUCUCCAGGCGACAGCUUCACCGUGCUCUCCAGCAAGAGCCUCUUCCUGGGACAAAAGCUCAACCUUAUCCACAGCGAGGUCAGCAACUUGGCUGGCUUUGACGUGGAGGGGGUCAUCAACCCCACCAAUGCUGAGCUUGAACUUAAAGAUGAUCUAGGCUGUGCUCUGGAGAAGAAGGGAGGGAAGGAGUUCACUGAAGCUGUGCAGGAGCUGAAGAAGAAAAAUGGCAAUCUGGAGGUGGCUGGGGCUGUGAUGUCCGGUGGCUUUGGCCUUCCUGCGAAGUACGUCAUUCACUGCAACAGUCCGGGCUGGGGCUCCGACAAGUGUGAGGAGCUGCUGGACAAGACGGUGAAGAACUGCCUGGCUCUGGCCGACGAGAAGAAACUCAAGUCUGUGGCCUUUCCCUCCAUCGGUAGUGGAAGGAAUGGUUUCCCGAAGCAGACGGCAGCCCAGCUGAUCCUUAAGGCCAUUUCCAGCUACUUCGUGUCCACCAUGUCUUCCACCAUCAAGACCGUCUACUUUGUGCUGUUUGACAGCGAGAGCAUCGGGAUCUACGUGCAGGAAAUGGCCAAACUGGAGACGACCUAAAAUAAUCUGGAGCUUCCUCCUCCUCAACACCCCCCCCCACCCGUUUUUUUUCCUGCGAGGAAAUAGGAAGCUGUUUACCAGUUAUAUGUUAAAUAUGAAGAGAAGAAGAAAAAGAAGAUUCUUUCUAAAGGCCGGGAACUUGAUUUUGCAUUAUGUGCGUAUUUUUCCUAUUUUGUUCUAAAUUUCUUAUUUACUUGUCAACCCUGGCACUUAAAUGUAAAAGUGCACUGUUCAUUCUUCAGUCUUUUAUUACAAACAGUGGCACACAAAUCAGAUUCAACAAGUGAGAAAGCCCACUGUAAGAUUUCAUUUUCAUUAUAAAAAAAGAAUGCUAUGAGGUAGCUUCACCUCAAUUACACGGCUUCCAGAGAAGUCAGAUGAAUACGGGUUAAUGCAUGUGAUGGCAGUAAAGAUAAUAACGAAAGCUAUUCUCUUUCUCUCGAGUUGAAAAACACAAAACACUUAAUUAUGUGUAUUUUCUGGUGUCAAAUCUGCGUUUUGGAACAUCUCUGUUAUUGGUACUGUAUACUGAAAAAGUUAAGCCUAAAGAAAAGUUCAGUUUGUUCUACUUUGGUCUUCAGGAGACUCGUAUAAACCGAAUUAUAGAAUGAGUUUUUGUUUUUGUGUUGUGUGUCACAUAUUCAUCUUUUUGCCUUUGUUUCCACGGGCAAAACAUGUUUUCUCAGUGUGCUGCAGAGACCUUGACUUUCCCAAAAAAUCAUAAUUGAAAUAAAAAUUAAAUAUACUAAUUGCAAUGUAAAUACUCAUAUAUUAUAUACUCCUGGUACCAAUGCAAUCAACAACUUUAAACUGAAAACUAGUUUGUUUUCAUUUAUAGUAAAAAUCUAUUAUAUAAAGUUAGAGAAUGGAGGUUUUUGCAGGGCACUUGGUUUAUAUUGUGUGUUCUUAUCUGUGUUUAUAUAGAUGGAGUAUUUGUGAACUGUUAUAGCAAAUUAAUGGACUGUAACAUAGAUUUUUAUUUUCUAUUUUAAUUUGCACACAGAUUCUAAUAGGCACAGGUGAUUUGAAGAAAAAAAAUGUAAGAGAUUGUUUUUGUUGUGUGUUUUGUCUUUGUUAAGCCAUAAAACUAAUGUUCUCAUUUUAAUGCAAGUCCAGAGUCCCACUCCUCUGUUGGCUUCGGUUUCAUUCUCUUUAACUCAACCCACCACUAGGUGGCACCCUGUAAUCAUAAAUUGGAGUUUUUCACCUCAGCCAUUUUCUGUGCAGCAGCAGGCCUCUUCUCUGGACUCUGGUCGAUUUGAGUUUGAUUUGAAUUGAGAAUGACGGACGUGUACAAGGAAUCAGACUGAUCUGCUGCAUUUGGACUUUUCAACGUUCUAACUUUCUUAUGAAAAAAACAAAACAAAAUGUAAAAUGCUUUCUAAGGAAUUGAUUCUACAAAAGGUCUGUACACACUCCGCUAAUAAAAUAACUCUAAAAACA